UAUUGGUUAAACAUUAUAUUUAAGGUCCGAAUAAAAACGACCGCUGUGAGAACUGCCUUGUUCUUUGUUUACUUCCGUUCAGAGGGGGAGCCAAGACAUGACGUGGACAAAGUGGGCGGGACUGGACGCGCUGGACGUCCAACUCCGCCUUCCCGCAGGCUGCAGUCAGUACUUGGGAUUAGCCAGGCUCGCUGAUGGCGGACACGUGUGGCCAAGUACUCCUGGGGUCCGGGCUAACGGUCCUUUCCCACCCGCUUAUGUACAUCAAGGUGCUGGUGCAGGUGGGACAUGAACCUCUUCCACCCACUCUAGGCCGGAAUUUGUUUGGCAGACAGGUGUAUCAGCUUCCAGGCCUAUUUGCUUAUGCAAAACACAUAAUAAAGAUCGAUGGAAAAUCCGGCCUGUUCAACGGCCUCGCCCCCAAUCUUGUUGCAAGGACCAUUGGCACUGUUGUUCAGAGAAAAGUGUUGCAGGUUAUGAGCAGUAGCCAGAAGAAAGAGGAAGGCUCGUUGCCACAUGUAAUCAAUGAGACAACCAAGGAGAUGAUCGCACGCUCCUGUGCCACAAUAGUCACACACCCAUUCCAUGUGAUCACCCUUAGAUGCAUGGUCCAGUUUAUUGGAAGAGAAGCAAAGUACAGUGGUGUCUUUGACUCCAUCAUCACAGUCUACAGAGAAGAGGGAAUCCUUGGAUUUUUUGCUGGCCUCAUCCCACAUCUUGUUGGGGAUGUUCUCUCUCUGUGGAUCUGCAACUUGCUCGCUCAUCUCAUCAAUACAUACGCAAUAGAUGACUCAAUGAGUCACACAGAUGAAAUAAAGAACUGCUCCCAGGCUGUGACCGGGUUUUUCGCCAGUAUGCUGACAUAUCCAUUUCUAUUGGUGUCCAACCUGAUGGCAGUUAAUAACUGUGGGUUGGCUGGCGGUCUACCACCCUAUGCUGCCGUUUACCCCACCUGGCUUGACUGCUGGAGUCACCUAAGCCGGGAGGGCAAUAUGAGCAGAGGCAACAGUUUAUUCUUCAGAAAGUUACCAGCGGGGAAGACAUAUGCCAUUGAACAGAAGCGAUUUUUCUGAAUGGGACGCCAACAGUGUGGUCUUUAAUUGUGUUAAUAUAAAUGAAUUGGCCUGAUGGCCUUGGUCUGGGAACUCCUAAUCCUUUGUAUGCACUUGUUUUGUGGUGGAAAAUAAUGACAGGAAGAAAGAAAUAUUCAGAGUCUCUGAGUCUUGAUCAGAAUGAGUAACAAGAUUUAUUGA